GUUAAUUUGUUUUUGAAACGACAGCUUUUGGUGUUAAAAUUAAUGGAUUCGAACGAGAGGUUUAAAGUUUAAACGUUUCAGGAUUAAGUUAUCGCACUAGCACUGAAGUAUUACAAAUAAUGAGUAACUAUCGAUUUAUUUCCCUUUGAAAUCAACACGCCAUUAACGAUGCGUAUACAUGUAUGAAACUGGGUGAAAGAAAUACAUGCAGUAAUUGCUCUCAGAUACGCGGAUAUUUAAAGUGCAGAGCGGAAUUGUGAUUGUAAUGGACAACCUCCAGCAGUUAGGGAUUUACAGAUGCACUACAGUUUUGACUAUGCCCAACAGGUUCUAUAUCCUCACUAUGCGCAGCAAGUAGGGCCUUUGUACUUCAAGACACCACGAAAAUGCGGUUGCUUUGGAGUUUGCUGUGAAUCUUCAGGCUCACAAAUUUUCUACUUAGUGGAUGAGAUGUACAGUGUUGCUGUUGGUAGGGGUGCAAAUAGUGUAGUUUCCAUGGUACACCACCACUUUCAACAUCAUGGCUAUGGUGAAAAGAAUGUGUCACUACAUAUGGACAACUGUACUGGACAAAAUAAAAACAAUGUGGUAAUAAGUUAUGGAAUGUGGCGUGUGAUGGUGGGUUUACAUGAUGCCUUAGAGUACAGCUUGAUGGAAGCUGGGCACACAAAAUUCAGUCCUGACUGGCACUUUGGCCUGUGGAAGGUACGUUGGCGUCACUCAACAGCGGAAACAUUAGAAGACAUUUCUAAGACCGUCUCUGAUUCUUCUCGUGGUGGACACAACAUUCCCCAGCUAGUAGAGGAUCCAACCAAACCAGUGGUAUUUUAUGACUGGGCAAAGUUCCUGAAGCAGUUUUUCAGACCAAUACCACAUUUGAAAAAGUAUUAUCAUUUUAGAAUGUCUUCUGCAAGACCCGGUGUUGUAUUUGUGAAGGAUUACAACUUCAGCAUUGAGACAGAGAUUAAUAUUCUUAGGCAGGGCGUUGAUAUCGCAGGAAAAUUUCCGAAUCGUAUUACUAUUCCCGAGCUGGAUGCCUGUAGGCAGUGGUACUUAUAUAAUGAGAUAGCGCCACUUUGCGACAACAGCAGUGUGUGCCCAAAGCCAGCAGUACCAAAACCGUCAAAAGUUAAAACUCAGGCGUUUAAAACGAAAAGUGAAUGAAAAAUGUGUAUAACAUUUUAAUAUAUACAGAGAAAUAUCAGAUCAAUAUGUUUUCUGAAACGUUUAGUAAUUAAUUUGAAAGUGUUUUGUACUUUUUUAAAGGUUAAAGACCUAAAUUUAAUAUUUGAAAAUAUGAACAAAUACUACACAGUUGAAUUUACAAGUCAAUGUGUACCAACAUAACAGUUACUAUGCUAUGGUUAAAUAUAGUACACACUGAAUGAACACAGUAUAAGUAUAUUCUUCCUCUAGAACACUGGUAGAUUAUUAAACAAUGGACUAUUAAUGCAUGGCAGUUAAUUAUGAAUGUAGUUCCACAUACACAAUUUAUUUAUAUAUAUUAAAAGUGAAGUCAAGAUAUGUUAUGAAAUGUUCUACCUUUGAAGUGAUCAUCUAGGUAUUUAAUAUUUUAGUGGGAAUAUAUACAAUGUGGAAAUAUUUAAUGCAACUAAGUUGAAAAAAAUAGCAGGAUGAAUAUGUUUGAAAUGAUAUGUUAUUUGAAAAAUUAUGUAAAAUUAGAAAAUCCUUUAUAAAAAUGAAUUUGUCAUUUUACAAAAAAGUCUUGUUGCCAUGGAAACAGAACUUAAGCAUUAAGUAUGUGUACUUUCAUAUCAGAGUAAAAUAACUUUGAAUUAUAUGUAAACACUUUAAUUUUAUAAAAUCAAGACUGAUACAUUUCAUUUUAAUUGACAUUGAGCAAUGUGUCAUACAUUUGAAGUAGAUUGAUGCAUUUAAGUAUUUAAUAUUUAUGGAAUUGCCUUAAGAUAUUAUUUGGAUGAACAUAAAUCAGAAAUAUACAAGUUCUUUUAAUUCUAGGGAACUAAUAUACUGGUACAACAGUAGAAUGUUUUAAUUUAUCUUGUUUUUUUGCAUCAGAUGUAGGCUGAAAUCUCUGUUGACUUGAUUUUUUAGCAAUUUUGAUGUAUUUUGUUGCUAUGGAAACUUGAAUUUUGACUUUUUUCCCAUAUGAAAUAGAAUAUUCAUAGUAAGUUAACAUUAUCAUCAGUGGUAAUUGUGUUAAAUACAUUUAAUACUGAUGGAAAAAUAUGAAAUUUAAAUAA